ACCGUCAUCGUCACCGUCAUCGUCACCGUCACCGUCGCGUAUUCUCGUCUUCGUGGCCUCGCGUAAUCCUCCGUGUGUCGCCGUGUGCCCGUUGUGCUUCUCGAACAUCUUUGUCCGCCGUAUGCAGGACACGGAGCGCACGCUCGCGCGAAAAAGCCACGGGAGUGGAGAAGAACGCGGCCGAGCCGCGUCGCGAGUUGAUUAUUUAUCGCCCGGAGUCUCUCUCUACCUGUCGCGGUGCCGAAUCGCAGACGGGCGCAGCGGUGAUUUAAAGGGAUCGAUUUGUCAACAAGUCGAUGAGGGAGAGAGUGCGCGCACUCCGCGCUCCGACGCGGCGCGGCGGAUUUUCGCUUCGCUUGUGAAGUAUCAUUACGAUUUCCGUCGCGCGCCUCACUCGCGUAUGCUCCGAUUCACGUGCGUUUUGUCGUUUUAUUACGCGUAACGCGUUUUAUUACACGUUGAUAAAACGAUGCGAUCGUGGUACCUAAUCUGUUAACGUUUUCCCGUCCGGUCGGUUUUUCCGUGAAGAAUUUCUUUAUCGCGAUGUAAAAUCGCGUAUAUGAAAAAAAAAAAGAUAAAAAUGGAUGAAUAUGGACUGUUAGCGAAAUAAAUUGUUUGCAGUAUAUCACCUGUUUGAUUAUUGAAGUUGCAAUGUAAAUAAUAAUAAUCCGCGUUUUUACUUUGUGAUUAUUUGAUAUGCGUUGGGAUUGUUUAUUUACAGAUAAAUCCAGCUUGCGAGUUGUAUCGCGAUUAUUAAAAUCUACAAUGGCAGUUAGGUAGUUGUGGAAAUUAACAUUGGACAUUCGCGUAUUUCAAGCAUAUUUAUAAUUAUUUUGAAGAUGUAAAGAAUACAAUCAUAAUGAAGCCACAGAAGAAGGCUGUCGUUGCCAAAAAGGCAACUAAGAUGCCAACAGUCGCCAAGAAACGUCGCACAUUUACAGAGAAGAUCAUGCCGGAUGUGAGAAAGGAGAAGAAAUCAAAGAAAAAUGAUAAACUGGAAGAUCUAAAGAAAAAGAUAGACAAUGAUAAAAAGAAAUUAGAAAAGGUAGAGGAGAGGAAAAAACUGGAUGACAAAAAGAAGAUGGAGGAAAAAAAGAAGGAACGACUUGAUAAAUUUGAUGAGAAGAAGAAACAAUUGAAUAAGGAUAAUGAAAAGAAAUGUGAUAAAAUUGACGAGAGAAAAAUAGAGAAAAGGGAUGACAAAGCAAUUAAUGAAGAAGUGAGCCAAGAAACAGCUACAGAUAAGAAAAAAAUACAAAAAUGCGAAGAGAAAGCAAAAUCGGAGAAACAAUCAGUGGACAACAAGAAGAAAAUCGAGAAAACUGAAGAAAAAAAGAAGAGUGUAAAAUUAGAUGAUAAUGCAAGUAUAGAGGACAAUACGAAAUCUUUAAAUACAACGGAGGAUAAGGAUACGGUUGAGGAUAAGGUUGAUAUCCUCCCUCCACUUAAAAAAAGGAGUAAAGAAGAGAAAAAGAAAGAUGUCAAGCUAAUUAAAUCCGAUGUUAAAUCAAUAUCGAAGAAUUCUAUCGUGAAGGAUAAAAAAUCUGAACGUAAGAAAAUUCCCGAGAAGGAUGCGGCAAGCAAUAAGAUUUCUUCUUCUAGAACGAAGAAGGAUUCCAAAGCGAAACAAAGUCAGAAGAAGGGCAUUACGAGAAAAACAGUUCUGACAAAGAAGCCUCAUCUAUCGGUAGUUAAAAGGCUGGUGGACAAAAAGAUCAAAUUAGUUAAGUCAGUAAAAGAUGAAGAAAUUAGCGAAGACGAGGAUGCGAUUAAGAAAGCAAAGAAGAAAAGUAGUAGCCUCGCCAAGAGUAAGACUCUGCAAGAGAAAAAACCGAAGCUGGCUAAACACAUGAAAGCUAAAUUGCCUCAAAAACAUUCGAAGAUCAGUGCUGUUCUGAAAAGAGAAGAUAAGUUGAAAACUAUAACGGAGAAGAUUAUGGCCAAGAAGAAAAUUGAAUUGAAAGAGUUUGAUGAAGUUUCAACCGAACAUAAAAAGAUCGCGAACAAAGACGAGAUUUGUCAAGGACCAGAAGUGAGUAGCAUUAAAAGCGAGAUUGAAGAAGACAAGGAUUCCGAUAGGAGCAAAGAGGAGAUUCUUCAACCAAAAUUGCAGGAUAAUAAGAAAGCUGUCAAAAGUGGUAGCAAAAUUAGCAGCAAAGCCCCGAAAAAGAUUGGGAAAACAAUAAGGGUACAAACGGAGAGCAAUAAUCAAACAUCAGUUUCACCUGAAGAUGCAUCUACCGAGGAAUCUAAUAAAUCUAAAAUUUCUGAAGAUAGCGUAAAGUCUACCACAAAUUCCAAACAGGAACAAAUCGGCGUUGAGAAUACGAUUGAAUUAGAUUUAAAGAUCGAGGCGAUGAAUGGUGAGAGUGCCAGUGGCGUUACAUCUCAAUCUGAUUCCGAAGGUGAUUCUGACGACGAAUACAAGAGGAGUAGGCAAAGGGAUGCUAAGAAAGAGAGGGCUAACUCACCGUCGGACGAACGUGCGCGACGAAUGCGACUUUUUGGCUUUUGGAGUGGACCAAAACGACACAGGGUCGCGUCAUUGAAUGCCUUGGCUAAAGUUCACUGCCUCUAUGAAAAUGAGACCGGCGGAGUCUAUCUUGGAGGUUUUUGCAAACCAAAACCCGAAAAGGAGAAGGAGAGAGAGAAGCCGAAGAAAAUGAAAGAGGAGAAGGAGGAGCAACCGCGUAAAGAGAAAGAGAAGAAAGUCGAAUGCAAAACGGAGGAGAACGUCUUGAAGAGAAAACUGAGAAAUGUGCCAGGACUACGUGGCAAACAUUGGGAUAUGCUGGAGAGUUCGUCAUCUUCGUCUUCCUCCGAUGAGGACUGCGAGAAGGAAAAGAAUGCUGAACCAAGCAAGAAGAAAAUGACCAAAAGAAGGAGGAGAAACGAGGAAGUAAUGGACCUGAAGGACAUGGUUGUUUGCAAGAGGAUGGCCAGUCUUAAUGCCACUGCCAUUUUGGCUGCUUCCUACUCCGACGAGAAAAAUCGUUGUGGUAGCAGCAGUGAUUCCUCCAGUGAGUCGGAAGUAGAGAUAAUUAAAAGACGUAGACAAAAUGACUCUGACGUAGAUAAGAAGAAGACAAGACAAGGUUCCGAUCCGGAGGAGGUUAUUAAGCCAUCCAAGAAAGUUGUCAUCGUUAACCAGGACACCGACGUCACUAUCACUGGUGUUUACGUCAAUCAAACCCGGUCCACUCAUCACGAAGGUUUUUGCAGUAUUGCCGGGAUGCAGUACAGAAUCAGUUCUACCAGUCAUACUCAAACUGCAGCUACUGCAGUGGCUACCGAGCUUCAUGACCAGCAAAAAACGGAACAGCCUUGCAAGUCCUACACGCCACUGGGUGCAUUGUCUUCUAUGCAACCACCAGGUAGCCAGGGUAAUCAUCCUAACAUGUCACCACGCAGGCAUUCAGCAUUCUCGGCCCCUCAUCAGCACGGGUAUUAUCAGCCGGCUGGUCCACUGAUACAGCACCCACCGCCACCACCACCAACCUUACCGCCCAUUAAGGGCCCACCUCCGGAACCGACACCCACGCCUCCCCAAAACUCAGAGGGUUCGGACGACCUGGUAGCCACUUCCACAACUUCGGGAGGCACAAGCAGCACAGGUGGAGGCUUUUAUAGGACAUAUUGCCCGCAGACAUACUACGGGACGCCGCCGCAGUAUCCGGAUCUGUGUUAUCCGGCGACGUAUUCUCAUCCUCACGCUCAUCCGCCGCAUUACUACAAAUACCCGCCCACUUACAGGAGGCAAUACUAUGGCUAUCAAGAGUCCGGUGGAGGUGGCGGGCCGCCGCCGGGCAGCGGAGCCGCCGGAGGUGGCCCUGGAGUUGUCGAUUACCAACCACCUCCGCCACCGCCCGGCGAAUAUCCGCUACCCUAUUACGGAGGUUAUCCUCCGCCUCCUCAUCCGCCACCGCCACCUCCUCCGAAUCCGGCAUAUCUGCAUUCUCAGGGAAGACCUUUCGUAGACCCUUUUCAGGGUUGUCCAUGCCCGAUGCAAUCGUGUCCAAAAAACGUGGAUACUGGGGCCCUUAUUGGUAAUGGUAAGGGAGCGCCAGUGGUAUCGGGGCCCGGUCUGUCAUUGCCACCCAGUGCUUUGGUAGGUCCGCCCUCGCCGGCGAGGGGGCUAGCCGGGCUAGCUCCCCCUCACGGUGCCAACGCCUGGGAUACGGAUCGCGUCCAAAUUAACACUCAUCGCAACCUAAAUCAGAACCAACCCCCCUCAGUCCCACCGUCGCACAAUAUAGUCGGUGGGCAUAGUCGCCUUCAGAAUCAAGACUGUAGAAGUAAGGAUGAGCAAAAUUGUACAGAAGACACGCUGAGAAAGUGCGGUUGUCAGAACGCGUGCACGUCCACCUGCGAGGUCAAGAUGGAAACGCUGUCGCCCACUGAAAAACUGUCGGUAGCGGCGAGCUGUCCCAGCAGCAAGUAUCAUAACUUCAAGCUGGAGAACAACAACGUCAAGUGUGAAUCCUGCAGUAUGGAGAUCGACGGGCUGCCGUGCGUCGCCAAUUGCAACGUUGUCAAAUGUGAGUCGGAUUAUAAGUGCGAUAUCAUGAAGUGUGAGCAGUGCAUGAAGGAAGGACAGAUAGCGAUACUGGAGAUGGACAAGGACUCCGGCAUCGUGCUGGACGACAAGCUCGACGGUGAUCCCGACGUGAAGGAGGAACUGGACGUGGUGGUGAUCGACAGCGACGAGAACUGGAAAAAGCCCGAUUACGAGCCGACCGUGCAGGAGACCGUCGAGGAUAAAGAAGAAGAGGAAGAGGAAGAAGGGGAGGUAGAAGAGGAAAUCUUGCAGAGACCGAUCACGACCAAGGUCGAGGCCGAAGCUGAGGCCGAGGAACAGCCCAAGUGCCAAAAGGUGACGAAGAGGAAGCUCUCGUUAGAUAGCUUAUCGGACAGCAGGAAGAAGAGGAAGCUGAGCAAAAGAGCCCUUUCGGUCGGCUCGUCUCAAGAUGUGAAUAACGAGGAAUCGGUCGACAUCGUCGCGCCGAUCGAGCCGUUGCCGAAUAAAGCCGACAAAGUUGAGACGAUCGUUCCGAAGAGGAAACAAGCGAAGAAAGACGUAGGAUUUCGAGGUCAAAAACGCAAGGCGGAGACGUCGAGCGUGAACGAGAGCGCGACUAAGAAGGUGAAAAACGGCAAGCAGAACAUCGUGAAUUGCUUGAAACGGACCGCAAGUGAUAUUUCGAUAAUGGAGACCAUCGAUAAUGUGAUACAGCAAAGUCUGCAGAUGACGCAAAGGAAGGAUCGCAAAGGCAAAAACUGCGAGCGCAUGGAAAAGAAGAAGAAGAAUGUCAAAGAGGAAUCGUCACCGGCGACGAAGAAGCUCGCGAAGAAAGUCGAUCAGGUGAAGGAGCAGGCUAUCGAGAAAGUAUCAAAAGCGGUUUCGAAGAAUAGUCAGACUAAAAGCAAGGCAGAUACGAAGCUCAAGUUGAAAGCUUCGCAGGACAGUAAGGUCAAGGUUGGCAAAGGCAAGAUUGGCAAAAUCGUGACGGAGACGAAGGCGCAGGAUACAAAAUCUAAGACGCAAGACUCGAAAUCGCGGGACAGUUCGAAGAAGCGCGAUACUGUGUCCAAGACCAAAGCGAGUGAUGUCAAUGAAGAUCCGAAAAAGUCGGCCGUAAUUAAGAAAAAGCGGAAGAACGCGAAGAAGGCGACAAACGCCAAGAAGUCGGGCUGCAAAGUAGAAAAUUCCUCGCUCGGAAAUGAGAGCCUGACAUUAACGAGAAAAACGUUCCUGAAACCGAAGUGGAACAACGGAUGGAGUUGGGAGGGCGAGCCCUUUGAAGCCAAAGUUUAUCUGACGAACGAGGAAACAGCUAUACGGCGAUGUUACGCGAGUAUGAGUCACGAGAGUGGCGACGUAUUGCGACCUCGGGACUGCGUAUUGCUGAAGAGCGGUACGCGAAAAGGUGAUUUACCGUAUGUAGCAAAGAUCGCGGCGCUCUGGGAGAAUCCGGACGACGGUGAAAUGAUGUUCUCGUUGUUGUGGUACUACAGACCUGAGCACACAGAACAGGGCCGAACGCCACACGAUAGCGAGGAUGAGGUAUUUGCUUCGCGUCAUCGGGACGCAAACAGCGUCGCUUGCAUAGAAGACAAAUGUUAUAUCCUAACGUUUAAUGAAUAUUGUCGGUAUCGUAAAAAUUUACGAAGAAUCGAAGAAGGCUUAGAAAAUCCUGGCUUGAUAGUUCCGCCAGGGGACCAAGUGUAUCCAAGGGAGAAUCGGCAGCCUCCUAUACCAGUACCAUCAGACAUGGUACUUUUCUGCCGACGUGUUUACGAUUAUCGCGGGAAGAAACUCGUGAAGAACCCCGGAUGACUCGAAUUCCUGUAAGAUGCAAACCGAGGAAGCUUAGGUCACACAUUGAAACUGACCGCAGGUCUCCUUUCAA